AUGGUGACCCACCUGAAGCUUGUUGCUGUUGGGGACGGUGGAGUCGGUAAAAGUUGUCUGCUUAUUGCAAACGCAACUGGACACUUUCCUCAUGCGUACGUACCGACCGUGUUUGGAAGCUGGGUAAUGGACCUUCGUUUGAAAGAGAAGGAUUAUAGGUUAGCCUUGUGGGAUACCGCCGGUCAGGUAACAAUAAAGCUCUUUCUAAGAAUAAUCUGUCUGGCAAUGAACGGUGACUUCUUUCCACAGGAAGACUACGACAGACUGAGGCCGCUAUCCUACCCAGGAAGUGACAUUGUCUUCAUCUGUUUUUCUGUGAACAACAGAGAUUCUUUUGAGAACAUCAGAGAAAAAUGGAUCCCAGAACUUCACCUCCAUUGCCCAAAUGUGCCUAAAGUACUUGUGGCUUGUAAAACAGAUCUACGUCAUACGGGCACUGGGGAUUACGUAACAUAUGCUGAAGGUUCAAAGGUCGCCAAAGACUUAGGACUGCGGUAUCAAGAAACCAGUGCUUUGAAUCGAGAAGGACUGACAUCAUGUUUUAGCAGAGCGAUCACAGAGGCUACUGAAGGAUUGGCAGUACGACGUAGAAAGAAAGAGCGGUUAAGGUUUUUUAAGAGAACGUUAAAGGAAAUUCCAAGCCCUCCAAACAUGCCACCCACAGAAAAAGCCCCUUGGAUUGAUAUAGCAACGUCCCGAUUCGCUGACGACUGGCGAGGGAUGCUGGAGAAACCCAUACACUCUGACGUAACAUUCAUUUUAGGAGAAGGAAAACCACUAGCCGCACAUAAGCUAGUGAUGUGUUGUUCUUCUUCAUUCUUCUGUCAGGUCUUGGGGAUGACACCGUUAUAUAAGUCUAGCAAAACGAGAAGCGUCGCUAACUUGCAUUCCUUUUCACACGAGGCUAUGAAUGCCGGUCGUAUCGAAGGUAUUUCUAAAAUAUCGGAGGAGAUAAUCCAGGUCAAAGGUCAACGGCGGCGCCACACAACAAUUAAGCUGAAUUCUAAUAUAAAGCAAACAACGUUUACUAGUGUCCUUGAAUUUCUAUAUACAGGAAUUCCAAAUCUGCUAAGAAACCACAGGGACAUCAACCUACAGGACCUGAAUGACAUCAUAACAGUAUCGAGGAUUUUCAAAUUGACGAGACUCGGCGAGAUCUGCCAGAAUUAUGUAAUGGAGCAUGAUUUUUUGAAUCCAAGCAUUGGAUCCUUUCUGAAUGAUGAAACAGGACAAAAGAUGAAAGAACUUUAUUUCAACAAUCCAGAGCAUGCUGAUGUUGUAUUUAAUGUUCAAGGUCAGACAAUCUAUGCUCACAGAGUCGUCCUGUGUGCACGCUGUGGUGUCCUAGCAACCAUGUUCCGGGAUCAAUUACGAGGGGAGAUAGAGGUAGUAAUGAAGGUAGAUAUCCCUGCCACAUCCGCGGAGGGUUUCCUAGCCUUUUUGGAAUACUUGUACACUGAUCACGCGCCUAUAGAAGAAGUCGAUGUCUUAGGUCUCAUUGUUCUAGCAGAUAUGUACGACCAGAAACGUCUCAUAAAUAUGUGUGAACUGUAUAUUACAAAACAAGUCGAGAGAAGUGUCACAAAGCAAAUAAAGCAUGCUAACAUUGACGUCAUAGGAGUCCUAUUAGCAUCACAGGUAUACAAUGCCCACCAGUUGACCGCGUGGUGCUUACAUUUCAUAUCCAGUAACUAUACAGCGUUCAAACACAGGUCGGAUUUCUACCAGCUCAAGGGAGAUAACUUGGAAUUAGUGACAAAAAACCAGUGGCCCCCGGUUUCUUAUCUCAAACAAAUUGCAGAAUAUCAAAUUGAAUGGACAGGAAAUGACGUAGAAUGCUCAUUGAUGUGA